AUGCAGUACUUUGACGAAAAAUUACCUCCGCCCGAAUACUCAGCGAUGUUCAAUGAGUACCAAUUACAGAGGCAUGUCAUCCUCCCAUGCGCCAACUCUUCCGCGCUCAUUCCCCAAUUCUGGGUUGUUGGGAAAGUGGGAUAUGGCGUAUCAUCUACUAUUUGGCUUGGACGUGACCUCCAUGAGCCCAAGUAUGUCUUCUUGAAGGUCUACGUUCACAGCGCCGAGCGAGAUCUCGAAGUUAAGAUCUAUGAACAGAUCAAUGCCACACAAUCAGACCAUCUCGGCAAAACCUACAUACGCAAGCUCUUCGACCAUUUCCACAUUGAUGGUCCCCAUGGCUGCCACACUUAUCUAGUCCACCAGCCCCUCGGAAUGAGCUUAGACCAGUAUCUGUGUUUUUCCCCCGGUAAAGUGAUGACUCUUAAUGACCUGAAACCCUGUAUCCGGCAAAUCCUAGGUGCCUUAGACUUCCUUCACGAUGAAGCCCGAAUCAUUCAUACCGAUCUACAGGUGAAGAACCUUUUCAUGCCUUCCGAGUGUACCUCUCUUCCAAACAUCGAGGAAACAGAGACGGAGGCACCCUCUCCCCGGAAGGUCUUAGAUGAUGGCCGCACGAUUUACCAAAGCUUCCACAACGACGACAUCAUGCCCAAUCAGUACAGGGCUCCUGAGGUUGUGCUUAAGAUGAACUGGGACUGCAAGGCCUGGGAUAUCGUCUGCAGUAAAUUCCUGUUCCAGGGUCGAAAUACAGAUGGGAUCUUCGAUGACCGGGUCCACGUCGGCCAUGUAUUCUGGAAUGAAAACGGAUACUGGAAGGACCUUGUUCCCGUUCCCGAUAUUACGCUCGAGAGUCUAGGAGCCAACACCAAAGGAGACAACAAGAAAGGGGUUUUCCGGUUCUUGCGGAAGGCACUCUCGAUGGAUUCCCAAGGAGAGACCGACGGCCUCGGAGCUGCUGCGCGAUGA